UCAUUUCCCAGAAUUCCGAGCAGCCGUGACGUCAAAAGGCGACGGAAGCAGCGUGCUGCGUUUCACUUGAAUUCCUGGAGAGAAUGUCCACGGAGGCCUUGAUGCAGAGAGUGAGAGAGCUGGAGGCAGAAGUGGGGAGAUUACGGGCCAUGAUGAGGGGAGUCGAACGAGAGGUGGGAGACCGGAAGAGAGCCAGAGAGGCGGGGCAUAAAGAAGAGGACGCCAUGGAGAAGAAAACGAAGAAAGGGGAGGAGCUGGGGAACUCGCCACUGUUGAAGACCCCUGAAGAGCCCUCAGAGCAUGCGGACCAUUGUGAAGGAACGGUGAAGGAGGAAGGCCAUCAAGGAGUGUGGGCUGAAGGUUGGCAGAGGGCACCCUUACAGGACACGGAGGAGAUGAGAGAAGCCGGCGCCAAGGCGAGUGGCAAAUGCAACGACAGCAGUAAGAAGAGCACUAAAAAGGUCCCCCGGGAGUUUGAUUUUGAGGCUCACCCUCGACGCCAUGUGGCACUGCGACUGGCAUACUGGGGCUGGAAUUACCAGGGCUUUGCUUGCCAGGAAAACACAGAGAAUACCGUGGAGGCAAAACUGUUUGAAGCUCUUGUGAAGACCCGGCUGAUCAAGGGGCGCCAGAGCUCCAACUACCACCGCUGCGGGCGGACGGACAAGGGCGUCAGCGCCUUCUCACAGGUGAUUUCAAUUGACCUGCGCUCCACUCAGUUUUCUGGUGUAGGAGUGAUGCCACCCAACAAAGAGAGCAGCACAAGCGCCAAGAGUGUACCAGAGAUGCCUUACACCAAGAUGUUGAACCGGGUACUUCCUGAAGAUAUUCGGGUUCUGGGCUGGGCACCGGUGCCAGCAGAUUUCAGUGCCCGAUUUGACUGUCAGUCGCGGACCUACAGAUACUACUUUCCAAGAGGCAACCUGGACAUAGAGCUGAUGGCAAGAGCUGCUAAACGCUUUGAAGGUACGCAGGAUUUCAGAAAUGUUUGCAAAAUGGAUGUGGGCAACGGAGUGCUGAAGUUUGAGAGGACAAUCCUGUGUGCAGAGAUCAGGCCCAUUGGGCUGCCCCCUGGUCACGGAGGUGUACCCUAUGAACUCUUUGUGUUUGAGGUCACUGGGCUGGCAUUCCUCUAUCACCAGGUUCGCUGUAUGAUGGCCAUCUUGCUCCUAAUUGGUCAAAAAUUAGAAGAUGUGGAAAUCAUUGAUCAGCUGCUGGAUGUGGACAGUAACCCCAGGAAGCCUCAGUACAGCAUGGCGGUGGACUUCCCCCUGGUCCUUUACCGCUGCUCAUUUCCAGGGCUCUCUUGGCAGGACGAGGACCCUGAGCUCUCCCAGUCUGUCCUCUCCAGAUUCCAGCAGCAGUGGGUAGAGCUGGCUGUCAAGGCUGAGAUCGUUCGAGACGUCAUCCGCGGGUUACCAUCUGCAGCAGGUGCCUCUUUCACGCAUUGCCCUCUUGUUGAGGGAAGCAGAGCUCGUCACUACUGUCCCCUGCUGCAGAGGCCCCUCUGUGAAAGUCUAGAAUCCCGAAUCGAUCACUUUGUAAGAAGAGGGAGGCUUGAAAAAGAGGAAGAGUCGGGGGAUUUGUUUCCACAGUACAGACAGAGCAGAAACAAGAACCCGAAAAAGUGAAGAGAAGGGGAUGUGUUUGGGACGGCUUUCUAAGUGAGGGGCCACCUUGUCAGGAUCAGAGCGUCUGGGAUGGCGUCGGGCCCGGUGACAUCGGAGGAAACCUUUUUUCCAGUCAUUUUGUAUUCAUCUAUCACCAGCCUUGCAGAAUGUGAUGCACCAAUGGUGACCUUUUAUUUCUUUUAUUUUCAUAUUUUCAUUGUCUAUGAGAAAAUGAAACUAUAGAGCCUUUGUCCACUAUGAAGCGUGGCUCGGACACGAUGUCUUGAGUUCUGUCUUCCAAAGCCUGCUAAUCAUCACCUGUACAGACUGCAGAAGAUGGUUUUAUUUUGGAGAUGGCAUAGCUUUUUAUUUUUAUUUUUUAAGUAUUUUCUUAUGCAGAGUUAAAGACUAAUUAUCGGAAGCUGAAGACUGUUCCUGUAACCAUGCGAGUUGUACAACUUUAAACUGUGCUUUCCAUUUUAUAUCAGAGCCCAAUGCUGCCCUGGAGCUGGCAGUACCGGGACAAUCUGCACAGACCCUGCUACUCUCUCUUAAAUCCCUUGACAUACAAGAUUUGAUUCUUAUAAAGAGCAAAAAGUGAAUAAAAAUAUCAGUUGUGUACACAGUACAUGCAGUUGUUUCCAUCCUGAGACGAGCAUUUCACGAGUGCACCUGAAGUAUCCAGUCACACGUUUUAAGCACACACAAGCACAAAUGAUUGCAAUUUAUAGAGCAGUUUACCAUUACAAGUUGAGUGUCUUCAGCCAGAGCCCCUGAUCACCCAGCCACGCUAUAGUCACACAAACUCCAAGAGCAGCGGAGACAUGUUGAAACGUCACAGUGCUCAGCCACACGUCUGUACUAACACUGCGCAGGCCCAGAAAGGGCCGGCCGAGUGCCAGUAAGGCCACACUAGGAGUCUGAGCUAUGGCACGACAUGACCGGGUACACACACCACCCUGACUACAUCCCGUCCAGGCAGAAUCAGCAGCGUUUUGUAUUUAUUCAAGGUGUAUCAAAUACGGAUGUUCAAUCCUGCCCUGAGAUGAAUUAAACGGCCUUUUGAAUAUUACACUUCAGAUCCUGUCCUCGAAUUCCACCUGCUGCUAAGAACCAACGGCAUUAGUGAGCAGAGCCGACCUGUGCAAUACACGAGUCAGUGACCAAGAGCACA